AUAACACAAUAAAAGUAAAGCACGAAUCAAAAACUGUGCAUUUAUACGCUAAUGCAGCUCUAGUACCAAAUAUAUCGAGCACUUAACAGCGUUGCAAAAAGUUAUAUUUUAGAAAAAAAAACCUGCAGGAACUUUUAAAAACAAAAACUUUACUUCAAUUUCGACAUUCAUCAUAUUUAUUUAACAAAGAAUCGGAAAGACGGAUCAACUUUCUGUUCAUCAGUGGAACAAUUGUCACUGAUUACUUCACUCGCAGCGUGAAUCAGUGAUGGACUUUGACGACCUGAACGAGUUCCUUGGGAAGAUAGACAAUGCCAAACUAGAUGGAGUGGGAGACGAUGGAGAGGAGGAGGAGGUUGUGGAGUAUGAUCCAGUGGAGGGAUUCGACUUCCACAAUGCAGACCCACUGAGUGACCAGAUGCUGGAGUUCCACCAUCCUCAACUCAACUGGCUACUCAGGGAACUGGCCAAUGUGAAAUCUCUGGAUGGGCGGGACUUUGACAAAGUAGAGGGGAAGAACAAAGACCUGCAGAACAUCAUUUUGGAACAAGUGAGGGCUGCCAAGAGUAGUGAGAAGGAGGGCAACCAGUGGAAGGCGGAGUUCGAGGCCCAGAGAGAGUACAACAACAAAAUCGGGGAGGACAUUCUGCGCAUGACAGACAGAAUAGAACAUAUAAAGGGUCUGUUGAGCAACAGUGACAACCUAUUCCAAGAGUAUGACGGCAACUCGGAGGUGAAAUGGCGAAAGAUACUUCGCAAACAGGACAAGGAGCUCAAAGAAAAAGAGGGCACUUUUCGCGAUCUCGAGUUCCGUCUCGUCGAGGAGAUCAAAGCAUUCACUCGGGGAAAUGCGCAGAGAAGUCGACUUUUAAUCGACCUCGGCGCUCUUUCGGCAGAGGAGGCAAAAACUCUAGCAGAGCUGGAAAAAGUAAAGGUCGAAAUGCUUGAGGAAAUGGAGCGUUUAAAGAAUAACCCUUCGCCCCGCAAAAACAUUCUGGAAGAGUUCAAAAAUCGGAAACAAAAAAUGGACGACAAAAAGAAAAUGGACAGAGAAAAAACUGAGGCGGGACGAAGUGAAACGGCCGGAAGCCGUCACGGGGGGCGCUUCACGGGACGCACAACUCCACGAGGGGGGACUAUGCAUUUAGCCAAAGGAGCGAAGGCACAACGAGAAUUACACGAGUCGGAAUUGGAUCCAUUCUUGCGCCGCGGAGUCUACGGGAACAGAAUUGCGGUCGACAGACGCGGAGGCCCGGAUCCCGUGGCUGCGUUAUUCAACCAGAGCAACGACCCCUCCAAAAUAGGAGGAACUGGAUUUUAUGUCGGAAACUUGAUGAGUAAUGACGAUGAUUACGCUGAGUUUCUAGGCGGCACAACUCCUAGAGGACUGACCUUAAACACAAGUAAUUACAUGCCCGAUGACGUAGGCAAAGGAUCAACAAAGAAGAACACAUCAGUAAGGACAUUGCCAAAGAUUUAGAACAAUAGAAGUUAAAUGCAAAUGAAAGUUAUAUUCUACAUGAGAUAAUCAAUUUAGAGCC